UCAUCCGUAUCUUUAUCACUUUAUCUCUUAGCAUUUUCUUCUUUUAAAUGCUUUCAAUCGUUUUCCUUGUUGAAUAAAGUUACUGUUUGCCGUGCAGAGUUUUUUUCAUCUUCUCUUGGAGGGAAAACCUUUCGAUUGUUGGAAAUAAUUUUUUUGUGAAAUUUUGGAUUCGUUCGAAGAAAAAAAUUCUUGGUUUUAAUCAUCAUGCCAUCUGAAACAAUGGACCUGCAGAGUUUGUCUUCACCAUCUAUUUUCUCUGAUGAUAUAAAUUUUCCCACCGAGCGGCAGGUUGGAUUUUGGAAACUGGACCCCGUGCUUGAUCAGCGAGCGUGUAUGAAGCCGGUUACUCCAUCAACCAUGGAGAAAAUUAUUCCAGUGGAAAGUCAGAUAACAAGAUACCUGGACAGUGCUGAGUCUUUCACCAAGCAGCACCCGAAAGCGAAUCCAUUCGUCAAUAGCCUUACAGUGGGAGCAGAGAGAGCUCUGAAUCAAUCACUGAAGUCGUCGAAACCUAUUGGCAGAGAUAAUGGAGUUCAUUCUGCAGAAGGAAACAAAGUAAACAACACUAUGACUUCCCUGUUCGAGAACAGUCUUUUCUCGAGCUCGUUUUCGGAGUUCUUCACUAGGAAGUUGAAUUUAUCUUCAGAAAAUGCUAUGUAUGGAAAUUCAAUUGAUACCGUUUCCUCUUCACUCUAUGAGGAAGAGGAACCAUUCGAAUCCCUUGAAGAACUUGAGGCCCAAACCAUAGGAAACCUUCUUCCCGAUGAUGAUGACUUGUUUUCGGGAGUGACCAAAGGACUCGAUUUCGUUGUCCAACCAAAUGGUGCAGAGGAUACGGAAGAGUUGGAUGUUUUCAGCAGUGUUGGAGGGAUGGAUUUAGGAGAUGAUGGUCCCACUGUUAAGCGAAAAAAGGAUAAAAACCACAUGGGGUUAUUUAAUGGUUUAGCUGGAGAACACUUUUCCAGAACACUUCUUGUGAGAAAUAUAAACAGUGAUGUUGAAGAUUCUGAAUUAAAGUCCCUUUUUGAGCAAUAUGGUGAAAUUCACGCUCUUGACACAGCUUGCAAACAUCGUGGUUUCGUUUUUAUCUCGUAUUUUGAUAUUAGAGCGGCACAGAAGGCUAUGGAUGCAUUGACCAAUAGUGAAAUUGCUGGGAAUCAAGUUGAGGUUGAGCUUAGCCAUCCCGAGAGUUCAAGAAGACGUUCUGCACAACCACUUCCUUCAGCGCAGCAAGAUGAAUGGUACCGAUACGAGCAUCCACAUAGUCCCCCUAAUGACGCAAGUUUGACUGUGGCUGCAAUUGGGCCAAACUCAUCAAAUAACAUGGAUGUUGGAACUGGUUCGGGGUUGAACUAUGCUAUAAAAGCCCCGUUUCCAGAAUCAACAACUCCUCACGGCGUCUCUCCCAUUGUUUCUAACGGUUUAUCCUCCAUGGUUAGAAUGGGAUCAAUAGGCCAUCAAUCUGUCAUGGUCGAGUCGGGUCACUCGCAAAUGAAACUUGAUGUCCAAGGUGCACCGGCUUUUUAUCCUCGUCCGCUGCCAGAGUAUCAAAAUGGUUUUAGUAGAGCCGUUCACUCCAAUUCUUCAGGUCCCAAGGCUUCAAACAUUAAUUCCAAACCAAUGGAAAUAAUUGAUAAUAAGCCAUUGUCUAGAAUUGGCUCAACUGAGAACUCAUUUGAAUUCAGUAAUGCUGGCUUUCGAUCUGCCGGAAAUGGGAGACAUCUUCUUCCCGGACAGUCGUAUUCGUGGAGUAACUCUUAUCAGCCCGAGCCUCCAAGUAUGACAUGGCCUAACUCGCCUCCCUUAGUUAAUGGAAUUUAUGCUGCGCAUCCCACGGCACAGCUUCAUGGACUUCCUACGGCUCAUUCACUGAACACUGGUGUUAGUGUACCCACGAUUAACUACCAUGUUGGAUCCGCACCAAACGUUAAACCAUCUCUCUGGGACCAGCGACAUGCUUAUGGAGGCGAAUCUUCUAAUACCUGUUUUCAACCAGGUUCUCUUGGCAGUAUGAGAGGACUGCAAAUGUUUCACACGAGGUCCUCGGUGUACAACAGGAGAGGGCAAAACAUUCCGAUUAUGAGAGCAGUUGAUUCUCCUCAUGAACAUUGUAGAAGCCGGAGGAACGAAAGAAGUAUGAAUCAGGCUGACAAGAAGCAAUACGAACUCGACAUUGAACGUAUAAUACGAGGGGAAGACAAGCGAACAACACUCAUGUUGAAGAACAUUCCUAACAAGUACACCUCGAACAUGCUUUUGGCUGCAAUCAACGAACGCGGCGGAGGAACAUACGAUUUUGUUUAUUUGCCAAUUGAUUUCAAGAAUAAAUGCAAUGUUGGAUAUGCAUUUGUCAACAUGAUUGAACCGAGCCAAGUCAUUGCAUUUUAUCAGGCAUUCAAUGGGAAGAAAUGGGAGAAGUUCAACAGUGAGAAGGUGGCAUCACUUGCUUAUGCUCGUAUACAAGGAAAAGCAGCCCUUAUCGCUCAUUUUCAGAACUCGAGUUUGAUGAAUGAGGAUAAGAGAUGCCGGCCUAUACUCUUCAACACCGACGGUCCAAAUGCAGGCGAUCAGGUGCCAUUUCCGGUGGGGGCCAAUGGUCGACCGAGGCUCGGACGAGCUCGUUCAGGCGAAAACCCUUUGAGUUCAGAAAACGAAGAAACUUGUUCACCGAAGGGGUCCGACAAACAGAAGCCGGUUUCUUCCGGCCGGAGCGAACCUUGUAUUAAAAUAACAUCCGUCCGAGAUCUUUCUACAGAUGAAACUUGAGGAGAGCUCUAACAUUUUGGGUUUAACAAAGAUUAAUAUAAAUGAAAAAUCUCUGAAUUGACAUUUUCAAGCUUUUAGGUCCCAUCUGCAAAUGCAGACAACAGGGCCUUGAAUAUUGGUGAUAUUCUUUCCAGUUUCUAUAGAUUAAUGUUCUGUUUCUGACAUGGAAUUCUACUUUCAUAUGAACAAUUUAUCAUUAUUUAUAUCAACAAUUUUUAAUCA